AACAGAGUGAAAAACUUAAAGAGCUCUUUGUUUCGUCAGAACAUCUGAUCAAACUUAGCGGAGCAGGAUCCAAACCACCAGCACAGGUUUAGGACGAUAUGUACACUGUACAUCACGAUGGCUGCAUCACUCAGCAUACUGUAUGCAGUCUCAGGGGUACUGACAGCAGCUUUGUUUACUUUACCUGACAUUAAGCCAGGGGACUCUGUUACUCUCCCCUGUAAACUCCUUGAAGACCCACCUGUGGAGCAGCUGGAUGUGCGCUGGCUGCUGGGUGAACAUCUGGUCAUCAGACUGAACCGAGACCAAAUCAUCUACAGCAUCAGCUACAGGAACAGGACUGAACUACCAGCAGGGGGCACCCGCCAUGGAGAUUUCUCACUGACCAUCACACACACACAGCAUGGAGACAGCGGAGUGUAUCGAUGUGUAAUCUUCAAAGAGGAGCAGGAGCUCAAACUUGCAGAACUUCAGCUCUCAGUGGAAGUCCCCCAUUGUCCCAGUGCUCUGUUUGUCAAAGUAGGACAUGAAGUGGUUCUUCCAUGUUUUGGUCGUGUGGACUGGAUGGAUUCAGAAGCUGAGUUUGUGCAGUGGAAGAGGGGCUGGACAAUUCUAGAGUGGGCACAGGGUUCUCAAUAUGUAGAUCCUCAGUUUACAGACAGAGCAUCACUGCCCAAAGACAGAAUCCUGCAGGAUAACCUCUCUCUUGUGCUGAAGAACACUCACCAUGAAGACCAGGGACUUUACAUGUGCUUCUUCAGGAAGGGCAAAGAUAUCAGACUUGCUGCCCAGAUUAAUCUCACUGUUACAGAUCAUAUGACCUGGUUGGAGGCAGGGUCUGGUACCUCGGUGCUCCUCCCCCUCUACACUCUAUCUCCAGUGAUUGUGAGGUUCCUGCCUGAUGGAGGAAAAGGUUCUGUACAAGUGUGUGAGGUGGAGAAAGAGCAGAUGAAGUGUGAAACAGCUCAAUACACCCAUUGCAUGGUUCUCAAGAACCACUCCCUGGAGCUGAAGAACCUGUCCAUGAACGACUCUGGAACGUUCUCAGUUAUCAUGAGGGAAACACAGCGCACUGUCAGUGUUCACUUCAUACAUGUCUUGCCUGCAGGUAAUGCUGUGCUACAAACAGACUCACUAGCAGUGCUGAUAAUAAUGGUACCCAUUUUACUGCUGGUGCUGGUGCUCAUCAUGUUUAUGAUUGUGCUGAAGCAGCGGAAGAGGACACGUCUAACUAAGGAAAAAGGCACUGAAGGUCAUCGUCUCAACAACAUUGAUGUCACCAGCAGUACAUUGUCCAGCAUUAAUAAUCUGCAGCUUGCCAACAGCACCAUUUAAACAACUGUUUACUACGAGUGAAAAUUACUCUCAUUUACAUGUCAUAUGCCACAUGUCAUUCAUCAUUCAUCAUACUUGUUAAUAAUAACAACGUGCAUGUCUAAACAUGUUCUGAUGCUAAACCAACCCUGCUAGAAAAACCAGCAUAGAGCAGCAAGACUGAUCACCUAAAAACAGCGUAUGAUAUGUUUUGGAUGCUGGUAUGCUGGCCAACAAUCAUGACCAUGCUAGGUGACCAGGUAAACCAGCUUAGAUCAUCUUUUUGAUUAUUACUGGAUGGUUUACAGGCUGUUUAUUUUCAGCACAUAAUGCCAACAUGUCAGCAUCAAUGAUCUGUGACCCACUUCUGACUCUCUCCCCCCACCCCUUAAAUUUAUGCCCAUUAGUGAGGUCACUAUUGAUACAUCACUCAAAAAACUAACACAUUUAAUUUGAAGCUGUCCAUCUACACUGCGUUCAUGUUCCCAUAUCACAAAGCUUCUUUUGUAACUUUUGGAAACAAAGGAAGUAGUGUGGGUUUCUCGGUUUCCGUGGUUUCAAGCCAACACUGGACUCUUAAAUCUCAAUUUAGGUCUUAUAUCUGAAGCCCUCCCAUUGAAUAUGACAUAUGUUAAAGUUAUAUAUCUGCAGUCUGUCUGAACGACUUCUGCCCCGUCGCACUCACACCCAUUGUGAUGAAAUGCUUUGAGAAACUGGUUCUCAGUCAUUUGAAAGCAGGGAGGAGACCCAGCACCUGGCUACCUGGUGUACCACCAACAAUCUCUCCUUUUACACAGACAAAAUCAAGGAGCUCAUGGUAAGCUACAGGAAAAACAAAAGCUGCAUGCACUCUUCUGUCCGAAACAACAGUUCUGAGGUAGAGCAUGUCCCAAGACCUUUCAUGGACACUCAGCACUUCACAUUUGACUAAGGCUCAGGCUCAGGCUCUACUUCCUGAGGAGACUAGAGAAGGAGCAUGUGUCUCCUCAGAUUCUCAUAAACCUCUAGUGCUGCACCACUGAAAGCAUACUGGCCAACUGUGUGACUGUGUGGUAUGGCAGCUCCACUGAGGCCGACAGGAAGGCCCUCCAAAAAGUGAUGAGGACCGCUGAGUGUAUCACUGGCACACAGCUCCCUGCCAUCAGACAUUCGCAACCAGCAAUGUGUGCGUAGAAGGACUCCUCCCACCCCAGCCACACACUGUUAAACCUCCGCCUAUCUGGGAGGAGAUACAGAAGUUUCAGACCAGAACCUGCCAGCUCCGGUCCAGUUUCUUUCCCUCCACCAUCACCCUGAUUCACUAAUCUUGUAAAACUGUAUGUUGCACACAAUAUUUAUCAUUAUUUACCAUCCCUUGCAUUUCCAUACAAUAGACUGUAUAUAGAAUACAACACAUAAUUGUCUACACUAACAAUGCAAAAUCUACUAUAUAUAUGGUAUUUAUAGUAUUAUGUGUUUAUAUAUACAUGUAUAUAUCAUUCAUAGAUAUUUGUAAUUGUGUAUAUAUUGUUCAUAUAGUUUUGUUGCCCUGUACUUGUACUGAGCAAUGACAGUAAAGUUGAAUUUAAACCAUCUGUAAACCA